GCACCGCUGUUCGCCGUUUCUCACUGUGACCUCGCGCCAGGAAGGUCUCAUCCUUCUUGUUGAGUCCGUUUCUCGAGCCUUGUCGUUUAUCACCCAUCAAUUGACUCAUUCAUUACUGAUAAUCAAACGACAAGAGAGCCAUGAAGACAGUGGCAGUGAUAUUGUUCCUGGCGAUAGGAUAUUUGGCGAUUGUAUCAGAGGCAUCACCAGUGCCUGAUAAAAAAUCGGAAGUUAAGACGGACGUGAUUGCCCCCAGACAAGCAUCACCUGGAGCACCAGCAGCUGGUGAUGACGAUGACGACGACGACGACGAUGACGACGAUCUCGUCGACAUCACAGGUGUAGCUGAUUACGACGACGACGACGACGACGACGAGACCGAGGACGAUGAUACCGAGGAUGAUGACGACGACGACGAUUACCUGGAGCGUUUCAUCGAGGACAUUCUCGGGGGCGAGGAUGACGACGACGAUGAUGAUGAGACACCCUCGGUGGUCGAGCCAGUUCAACCAGCAAGUCCAAUUCAAACUCAGGCAACAGCUUUACCUGUAAGUGUUCAGUCCGAUUUGAAUGCCGAGGAGGCGGCCCAUGGCCCAGAGAUUGCUGAUGUCAAUGAAUCAACUGGUUCAUACGAGGAGGAGGAUGUUGCACCAGAAGGUCAGGCUGUAUCAAGCCUCGAUGGUGGUGAUACAGUUGGUAAUCCUGUUGUCGUCAAUCAGCAAGCCAUAUCAACGCCAUCACAAACUGUUGACAGUGACGAGGACGACGAUGACGAUGAUGACGAUGAUGACGAUGACCUUGGGUUAGAUAUUACUGAGGACGAUGACAGUGAGGAGGAUGAUGAUGAGGAGGAUGGCGAUGAGGAGACGGACGAGCUCGAUGAUAUUGUCGACAUUGCUGAUGCACGGCGUGCACGUGCCAUGGACGGAGAGACGGCAUCCGAUGUAUCUGCCAUUUAUGUCGCCAAGUAUAAUAGAUUUGUCGAUAAUAUUCUUGCGAGGAUCAACAAAAUUCUCAGGACCAACUACGAUCCGGUUACUGUUAAACUCACCAGGUCCAGCUCCAAGACCAAUAAGACCAAAUCCAAGAAGAAGAAUAAGAACAAGUCCAAGAUCACCAGUAGGGAUGCUAAUUCCAAGGAAGCAACGACCACAUCAAACCUGGAAAACCAGUCGACAGAAGCAAGUAUCCAAGCUGAUGCAUCUACUGAGGAUUCAACAGGUAGUCGAGCAACUGGAGUGAUCACUAAAGAUACCAGACCGAGGAAAACUGUCACCAAGAGCAAAAAAAAAACAUCCAACAAAGGAUCUACCAAGAAUAAGUUGAAACAAACGAAGCCAAAAUCAAAAUCCAAAACGAAAGCAACUCUGUACGGUCUCUCAUCCUUGAAGCGUUCUGGUGAUGUAUCUGUGAACAUGAUGAGCGAUCAUACAACAAUAAAAACGAAAUUCAACCUGGGACCCCUGGUUCUUCAAGUAGAGAAGGAAUUUGGUAAAGCAGCUAAGAAGGAACUUCGAAAUGCAACAGCCACAACUGCUGAAAUGUCAGGAAAAUUGAGUCUGCGAGUGCUGCACGGUGGAGCAGCCACACUCCAUUCAAUUCGCGUCUCCCAGCCCAAACAGGUACGAGUGGACAGCCCAGAUGAUCACGACAGAACCCGUGAAUUCGUGUGGCGAAGAUCAUCUCAUAUUGCCCACUUGGUCUCCCAAAAACUCUCAUCAGCAACUAGAUCAAUGCUUCGACCACCACCCGCAAUCACCGCCUAGAUCUCCAAUUAGACAUUAAUUUGCCAUUAAUUUAUUCAUUUAUAUUUAUCCAUGAGUAUUUAUUGAUGAAGUUAUUCAUCCGUAGAUGAACAGCUGUACUUAAAUGACUGUAAAUAGUGAUUGAGAAAAUAAAAUAUUUUUACAAUUCA